AUGGUCGGGGAGAGGCAGACGGUGGCCGUGAGUCAUGAAACUGAGAGGGAGAUGGGAGCAGCUUGCAGAUUGAUGCUUGAAAUUGAGAUCUGCGAGAUCUCUACCAUUGACGACGGUGAUUUUGUUACUAUUUGUUUUGAUUAUGGUGUGGAUUCUUCAGCUGAUUGGGCUCUAGGUGCUCGACAGAAUGUCACUAAGGAGUUCGGUUUUACUGUUUGGGGUUUUACCGAUUGUAGUUGCUACAAUGGUGCAAUUUCAAUUUGCAUUGCAAUUUCAAUACAAAUUUCCAAUUGCAAUUUCAAAUUCAAUGUUCACAGCAAUGUUCAUAUAUACAGAUUAAUUGCAACUCUAUCGGUCGCUCAAUUUGCUCACUCUGCUGUUUUUGACGUCUCGAAAUACGGAGCCAAGGCUGAUGGUUCUGAUGCAGCCCAGGGAUUGCUGGGUGCAUGGAAGGAGGCAUGUGCGUCGGCACAGCCAAGCAAGGUGACGAUUCCAAAGGGAAACUACGUGGUGGGAGAAGUGGCAUUCGUGGGGCCAUGCAAGGCCCCCAUCCAGUUCCAAGUUGCCGGAACUCUGAAAGCCAGCCCUGAUCCCAGCCACUUCAAGACUGACGGUUGGAUCAAGUUCCAGAACGUCGACCAUCUCAGCAUCUUUGGCGGCGGAACGUUCGACGGCCAGGGUACCCUCUCUUGGACCAAAAACCAGUGCUCCAAAUCCCUCAACUGCAAGAGUCUUCCCACCAACGUGAGAUUCGACUUCCUUACCAAUUCGGAGGUGCGCGACAUAACCUCGCUAAACAGCAAAAUGUUCCAUACCAACAUCCUGGGCUGCAAGAACCUAACACUCAACCACGUGACCAUCACUGCGCCCGCAACCAGCGCCAACACCGACGGCAUCCACAUCGGCCGCUCCGACGGCAUCAACAUCACCGACUGCCACAUCCAAACCGGCGACGACUGCGUCUCUCUAGGCGAUGGCAGCAAGCACGUCACCAUCACCGGAGUCACCUGCGGCCCCGGCCACGGUAUCGCCGUCGGCAGCCUCGGCAAGUUCAAAAACGAGGAAGAUGUUGUCGGCAUCACCGUCAGAAACUGCACCCUCACCGGCACCAUGUUCGGCGUCAGGGUCAAGACUUGGCCUUCCUCCCCCGCCGGCAUUGCCUCCGACAUGCACUUUGAGGACAUUAUCAUGAACCAAGUUAGCACUCCUGUCCUCAUCGAUCAAGAAUAUUGCCCAUGGAAUCAGUGCACUGGCCAGAUUCCAUCUAAGGUUAAGGUGAGCAAUGUGAGCUUCAAGAACAUAAGGGGGACGUCGGCGACACAGGUUGCAGUGAAGCUUGCGUGCAGCAAGGGCGUGCCGUGUGAGAAUGUGCAAGUGAGUGAUAUCCACUUGGCGUACAGUGGAAAAGAAGGUCCCGCCACUUCCGUCAUCUCCAACGUCAAGCCUAUUAUUUCCGGCCAGCAGUUUCCGCCCCUAAAAAUUUAA